AUGCUCACCCUGAGAUAUGAUGUACCAGGUAAUGGCAAUGAAACCAACAUAACAUCCCAAGUAGAAAAUUCUUUACAAACAAAUAUUUCAUUGCCAUCAAAAAUCUUAAGCUCCCUAGACGACAUUAUAACUGAUUGUAAUAAGAAUGGAGCUUCCACUCUUCGUUUACCCAUCCAGAUCUUCAUCCUUGUAUCUGCCCUACCAACAAAUGCAUUCCUGCUCUGUCUGUUUCUGAAAAACAGAAAAACUUUGUCACCCUCAGAGGUUUUAGGUCUCAACCUAGCCCUGCUUUGUGUGGUAUAUUGCUGCAGCUUACCACUGGACAUUGCUAUUACAGGCAUACAUCGUUUUGGAGUAUUCCUGCGGAUCUCACACAGCUUUGCUGUCCUCAGUUACUUUGGCUGUCCACUCCUGUUAACCAGUAUGUGCGUAGAACGGUAUGUGGCAGUGUCGCACCCUGUACUUUUCAUGAGGCUGGGGAGGUGGGAGUACCGUGCUGCCUGUUCAGCCAUCAUCUGGCUUCUUACCUUAACCAUGGCUGCUAUUACCUUUGUCUACCUUCUCUCCAACACAGCUUUAGCCCUAUCAUGUAUUGCUAAUGUGCUCUUCUUUAUCAUGGUGGUCUGUUUGCUGGGCAUUGUGUGGGUACUGUGUAAAAAUGGCCCAGGUGAUGGCAAACCUGGGGAACAAAAUGAUUCUCCUAUAAAGAAAAGAGCUCUAAAAAACAUCAUAGCUGUAUUGGUACCCUCAACUAUAGUGUACUUACCAUUGCUGGGCUUGGCUCCUUUUCUGCUGAUACUUCAGAUAUUAGCACAUACAGGCACAAAUACCUUUCUUUGUGCCUGUCUGCAAAUGUUUAGUGUUUUACCAAAUUUUGGAGUCUGUAUCGGGCCAUUUUUCUACAUAGCCCGUGUCAGGAAAAUGCUUUGUGCGGGAAAUAAUAAGGCCACAACCACCUCAAAACUGAGUAACAAAACCUAG